GAAAUCUGUGAUUUCAUUGGACAUCGCGAUCACCGAUUCUUUUUCUCUGAUACUGCGAUCUAGAAAUAUAAUAUUGCUCUCCGGACUCCUUUUUUUUUAUUACUCUUCUACCCUGCAACAAUUCGUUUUCCUACAAUUUUCGCCGUUUAAACACUGCAAGUAAUCGACUUUAUCGAAAUGUCGAUUCUUAAAAAUGGAAUGAAACUACUGAUGAACAGAUCAGCUCAAAAUGCAUUGGGAAAUAAAUGUCUCCACACUCCGUCGUCGUUGGAUGCCGCCAAAGCUGUUAGCAUCAAGUCACCGAUUGCUAGGGCAUUUGCUUCUGGUGAACAAAAUGAAGAUAAAUUUUCCAACUUGCCAGUUGAACGAAUUACAUGUACAUUAAUUCCUGGCGAUGGAGUCUAUCCUGAACUGAUGAACUCCGUCCAAACAGUACUGAAAGCAAUUGGAGCUCCUAUUGAUUUUGAAACCAUAUUAUUUUCAGAAGUACAGCAUUCUAGCAGUGCUAAAGUUGAAGAUGUUAUCAAAUCAAUCAAUCGCAAUAGAAUUUGUUUGAUGGGUGCAUUAAUGAGUCCUGAUGUUAGCUAUUCUGGAGAACUUCAAAAUUUACAUAUGAAACUCAGAAAAGGUUUGGAUUUAUAUUCCAAUGUUGUUCAUGUAGUUUCAUGGCCGGGAGUUGCUUCUAGACAUAAAAAUAUAGACAUGGUAAUUAUUCGUGAACUUACAGAAGGAGAAUAUUCAGCUCUUGAACAUGAGUCAGUCGAUGGUGUAGUUGAGUGUUUAAAAAUUGUUACUGCUUCGAAAUCUCAAAGAAUAGCGAUGUUGAUGUGUGCAUCUAAAAUGUUGAGACAUGUUAAUCUGCAACAUUACAGUGAAUCCAUCAGAAAUGCAAUUAGGGAAGUGCUUGCUGCAGGAAAAGUGAGAACGAGGGAUUUAGGUGGUUCAAGCAGCACUCAUGAAUUUACUGACGCAGUUAUAAAGGCUAUUGUUUAAAUUAUUAUUAUUUCCUUAUUUUUGAGAGUUGAACAUUAAAUUUUCCUGUAAUAAUAAUUUGUUUUCUCAUUUUAGCUUAAUUUCAUCGGUUGUACACAGUAUUAAUGAAAUAGAUUACAUUAUGUAUAAAACAAUGUAUUGUUAAUAGAUAACUACUUUAUCAUUAACUUAUAUACUUCCUUUCAUGUUGUUAUUUCAUUUAUCAUUAUUUAUUAAAGUUGAUAUUUAAAAAAUAUUAAUAUUAAAUAUUUUGAUUAGAUGUGUAUUAAGAUACUAUUUAAAAAGUUUUUUAUGAACCAUUAGAAAUCUAGACACUGUAAUUUUGUGUUUUUAAUACUUUUAAGACAAUUUUAUAAAUAUUGAUUUAUAUGAAAUAAUAUUUAUUAAAAAAUGUUACAAUUAAUGCACUAAAACAUAUUACGAUACUAUAGUCUAUAAUACUAUUAUUGCUAUUAUACUGUUAUUGUACUUAAAAUAAUAUUAAAUAAUUGUAUGGAAACCUAAUGCUUAACUUUAAGAAUAGUCCCCUUUAUAUAAAUAAAUAAUAAAUUGAAAUUUAUUAUACACUGUCAUCAUUUGCAUUAGUUUAUUAUCAGUUUUUAUUAUAAGAAUUGGUUAGCUAAAUACCAAGUAAUAUAUUUUAUUAUCGUAAAUUAUUCAACAAAUUGUUAAUUGAUGUAUUUUAGUAUUAAAUAAAAUCAUAUUUAGCUAUCAC